AUGUUUGCGAGAGUGACCUUCUAUCCGACUCUGUUGUAUAAUGUGCUGAUGGAAAAGGUGACCAGCAGACGAUGGUACGACAGAAUGGAUGAUACAGUCAUCCUGGGAGCUCUGCCCUUUCAAGGAAUGACCAAACAAUUAAUAGAAGAAGAAAACAUUAAAGGAGUCGUUUCAAUGAAUGAAACAUAUGAAUUAAAAAUAUUUUCCAAUGAUGGUGAGAAAUGGCGGGAACACGGUGUUGAAUUUCUUCAACUGGCAACAACAGAUAUCUUCGAGGCACCAGACCAAGACAAACUUAUUGAGGGUGUACGUUUUAUUAACAGAUUUCUCCCUCAAUCAUCACAAAGCCUCUCAACCAGUGAUGAUAGGACUCGCGGGACCGUGUACGUGCACUGUAAGGCAGGUCGUACAAGGAGCGCUACACUGGUCGGGUGCUACCUCAUGAUGAGAAACGGCUGGUCUCCAAACGAGGCUGUAGAUUACAUGAAGUCUCGCCGACCACACAUACUGCUACACACGAAGCAAUGGCAGGCGCUAGAUAUAUUUUACAAUAGACACGUCAAGACAUAG